AGAGAAGGAGAAGAGAGAAAGCAGCAAGCAGCAGGAGGAAAAAGAAGUCAGAGAAGAAGGCUUGUUUUUUUGGAUGACCUGUGAGGGACUAACACACACACACACACACACACACACACACACAUACACACAUAUACCUACACACCUGACCGAUGCGCCUGCUUUAUGGACCAACACCAUCUCCUCCUCCACUUCAAGCUGUGCACAUAGAAGACUGACAUCUGCGACCAGACAUGCAUUUCCACUACGCGGGGGACCACACGUGGGCGACCAUGUUGGGUCAGAGUGUGCGGUUACAGCCGAUGCCCAUCCAGAGCCUGUCGGAGCUGGAGCGAGCCAGGUUACAGGAAGUUGCCUUAUACCACCUGGAGGAGAGGGACCUGGACUUCAAGAUCAGCAUCCCGAGAGAAAUACACAAACGGAGAAAAUCUCUACGCAGGAAGUUUGACUCCUUUUCAAAGGAAAAGAAAGAGCGAGAGUCGGCCCCCAAGGCGUUCAGCAUCCCCCUCUCCCAGGUCAUCGCCAACGACCGAGCCUACAAGCUGCGUCAGGACGCCCUGAAGGAGAGCAGGCGAGACUGUCUGGACCUGGAGGCCAGCGUCCUGCGCUUCAGGGCCGAGAAGAGGCAGUUCUUCAACGGGAGCACAGGAGGAGGUCCCAGCUUGCCAUCUGCAAACGCGGUAGCACCGGCGCCCAUUUACGAGACCCAGAACAAACCGAUGUCGCCAACGUUUCUGGAUAACUCCGGCCGAGGACAGAGGAGGGGGGGCCUGUCAGUGGACUCCAUCUCGGACCUGGUGGAGAGUCAGUCUCGCCUGCUGGAGGCGCUGCAGCUCUCCCACCCGGCCGAGCUGGAGCUGAAGAAAUCCCCGGACGGCAGGGGCUCGUCGGAGGUGAAGACCCAGACCAAACUCAGCCUCAACCCCAUCUACAGACAGGUGCCGCGGGUGCUGGAGAGGUGCUGCAGUCACAUCGAGACCCACGGUCUGCAGACUGUGGGAAUUUUCCGAGUUGGUAGCUCUAAGAAGAGAGUGAGACAGCUGCUGGAAGACUUUGACCGGGGGGUGGACGUCCAGCUGGAUGAGGAGCAAUGCGUCCAUGACGUGGCAGCGCUGCUCAAAGAGUUCCUCCGAGAACUUCCUGAUCCUUUGCUGUCCAGAGAACUCUACCCAGCUUUCCUGCACGCCAACCUGCUGAGGGGAGCGGACCAGCUGCAGUACCUGCAGCACCUCCUCUACCUGCUGCCCCCCUGUAACUGUGACACCCUGCUGCGGCUCCUCAGCAUGAUACACACCGUGCAGUGCUUCGCCCAGGACACCAUCGGGACAAACGACGAGGAGAUCUCCGGGAACAAGAUGACGGCGGCGAACCUGGCGGUGAUCUUUGGGCCCAACCUACUGCAGAGGGAGCGAGGUGGAGACGCCAGUCCCCAUGCGAUGGGGAUCGAGGACAGCACGGCGAUCAUCAGCGUCACCCUGCUGCUCAUCCAGAACUACAGGAGGCUCUUCACGGUGUCGGCAGAGCUGCAGCAGGAGGUCCUGAUGAGUCUCAUCCAGACAGACCCGGACAUCAUCGACUAUCUGCUGCGGAGGAAACUCAGCGUCAGCCACCUGACGGCAGAGAGCGGCAGUGAGUCGGGGGGGCGUCGGGAUACAGGGGCGUCUCUGGACUCUGUGGGAGCCUCCAGUGGGAGUUUGUCCCCGCUAGAGCCACCAUCACCUCUUUUCCCGCCCAAAAGCAACGGCGGUGAGGGCAGCCUGACCAGCGAGGUCUUCCUCAACGUGCUCAAACUGAACCAGAACCGGAAGCGCCAGGAAACCCGAUACGGUGAGGCCCAUUCAGGUAAAUCCAUCCGCAACAUGCGUCAGUUCCACUCCCACCACAACCUGCUCAGCCUGGCCCAGCCCUCCUUGUCUUCCAUCUCCAGACACCCGAGUCAGGACCAUGACACCCAGGACCGCAGGGCCCCGCUGGGCUCUGCUCUCAGCUUCAACCUGGGCGGCCUUGGAAGCGGCAGCUGCUCCAGCCUGAGCGCGUCGACGGAGAGCAGCAUCUGGGUGAGACAGAUGCCAAACGAGGAGAGCAAACCGUCGUCGGUGUCUAAUUUCUGGGACUUCUUCACCGGGAAAGGGUCGAGCUCAGAGACGAUGGUGUGAUGAAGGGCGAGAAGAGAAAUAGGAAGGAAAAGAGGGUCUUUUUUUGUGUUUUUGCUGUCAGAAAUACCCAGAGCCCAGUUUUUUAAAAGUAAUCCAGCGGGAUUUUGGAAUGGAUUGGAUCAAAUCUUGGAAAUGGGUUUUCAAAAGCAAACGAGAGAUUCCAAACUAAGAUCAAAGCAUGUAAUCUGAUCUUAGAUUUGAUCUGGAUCAAACCUGCCCUUUGGUUUUUUUCAAAACUUAGAACUCGGAUGGGAUCAAUUUGAUCCAAAAACAAACAGGAUUAUCCUGAUCCCAUCAGUAGGGUGGGUCCUGUUGUGAUUUUCUGAAGUGGGUAAAGAACACAUUUCCCUUACCCAACUGAAACCGAAAACAUGCCGAUGGAGAUACAUCUCCUGAAGGCAGAGAUGGAAAGAGCUGGUAUCUGUCCUGUAAAUGAUUUUUGACUUUGGAUAAUAUUGUUUUUGUUUUGUUAUUUAAAAUUAUAACAAAAUAAGGAACGUGAAAUGUUUCUGUAUAUUACAGUGUUUCUU